AUGAGCUAUGAGGCCAUCUAUGCUAACUUCUCUGGAAACUUCCAAAUGACCAUCUACAUAGAUGACUACUACUUCAGUGAUGUACUAAUAUAUCUGCCGAUACACACUUUGACAAUCAUUUAUGUCUCAAUUAUGCUUAUCAGCAUUGCUAACAACGCUUAUAUGCAGCACAGGCCGAAAAAAAUGUUUUUGACUAGUGCAUUUUUCUUCUUCCUUGCUGCUGCAUACAAUUUCGUGACAGACGUUGGCUACCUUAUGAUGAAAGACAAAGAGAUGACUGUGCAAUACUGUUCAAUCAUACGUAACUUUAUACAAAAUCCAAUCGCUGCACAAGGUCUAGUGGAAGCUAUCGAUCGAUAUUUUAUCAUUUUCGAGCAUGGAGUUCUUCAGCCAAUCACGUAGGU